UGUAUAUAUAAGAUGGAGAGAAGCUCUCUCCUCCAGCACCCGACUCUUCUCUCCUGAUCUCUUACUCGGCUCCGUCUCUCUCUGUGAGAAACCAGACCUUCUGCUAGGAUGAAGAACCUGAUGGCUCUGCUGUUUCUGAUGUCUUUUUGCUUUCUUCAGCUGGUGUUUAACGCUCCCACUGGUUUUGACCACAAGACUUCAUGCUGUUCAAACAUAACUAAUAUGAGGAUCCCAGUAAAGAACAUUGUUAAACACUGGUGGAUCAGCAGCGACUGCCCCAAAAGGGCCAUUGUCUUUGAGACAAAUAAUAAAGAAAAGGGAAUUGAGAAGAAAUUCUGUGUGGAUCCUACUGCUGGCUGGGUCAAGAACUACAUGAAAGCAGUGGAUCAAAAAAACAAAGCCGCAGUGUCUCUGCAAACCUCACAGCCUCAGCAAUAGUUGACUUUGACACAGAACACUAAAUUAAUAUUUACAUAUCCACUGUCCUUAUGGUGUUAAUUACGAGAUCAGUAUCACCGUCUGUGUCAUCUUUAUGUUUGUUCCCAUUUUAAUUCCAAUAAAUGAAAUAUUGAUGUACACGUCACAUGCAACUAUUCUAAUAAAGACUCUUGCUCUGCAGUAAAUAUUAUG